CCGUUGCCACAACGUUCCAAAAAAUCGACCGAUUGAAUUUUUGAAAUAUCCGACCUCUUUCUGUCCUUCGUACCGUUGGCAACGGCCACAGCCACUCCCCGUCCUCCUCACCUCCUCAUCUCUUUCUUCCACUUGCAAAUUCAAGAACUCCGAUCACAACCCCUCUGUUCAAAGUUACCAGACUCCAUGCCUGACUGAGAAAUUUGCUUCCUUUCUUGAAAUCCGCCGGCUGAAUUUCUUGAAAUUUCCCUUUUUUGUUCCGGUAGUCGUCCAAUCGCAGCCCGGAACCCAAAAAGAUCGCACCUUCCCUUGUCGGGUCCCUCUGUUUCUUCCCCGAUUUCAUGCCCAUCUCCUCAAUUUCUUGAGCGCUCGAUCGAUUCCGGAACGCCCAAUUUCUAGGGUUCGUGUCGAGUUACUGCUAUUUCGGGCAUGGCGACUUUGGCGCCCGGAAUUCUACUGAAGCUCAUCAAUGGGAUGAACACCGGGGUCAAGCCCACCGGCGAGCACCGGAGCUCGCUGCUGCAGGUGACUGACAUCGUCCCUGCGGACCUCGACGAGAAGAAUCUCUUCCCGGAGCACGGGUUCUACAUCAAGGUUUCCGAUUCUUCCCACUCGAUCUACGCGACACUCCCCUCGGACCAGGACGACUUCAUCCUCAGCAACAAGAUGCAGCUCGGUCAGUUCAUUUACGUGGAGAGGUUGGAGCCUGGGUCACCCGUACCGGUCAUGAAGGGCGCGAAGCCACUCCCGGGUCGGCAUCCACUGGUCGGCACUCCGGAACCACUAAUGGGCCUUCGAGAGAAGGGCGAGAAAAUCGACCCAAGAUCGGUGUCGAAGAUGUCUGCUUCAAAGAGAGGGUCUUGGGGCACAGGUCCUGGGGGUGGAGUAGGAGAUGCUAUUAAUAGUAAUAAUUGGGGCUCCUCCCCGAUGGGCUUAAAGCUGGUUCCUUUGGACUUUGAUCAGUGCACUCCGAUAAAGGGCCGGCCUACUUCAGUGAGGAACCCUUCGGUCUCGCCAAUGAUUCGGUCUAGACCACUGAAGGACAUGAGCUCGGGUUCAGCUGUUCGGUGUUCUUACGGAGGAGGGCUCUUGGCAAAGAUGGUGGAUGUGAAGGGGGAGAGCCCUUUGCUCAGAAAGAGCUGUGCAACACCAUUAUCAUCGAAAUUUCCGAGGAGCAGGAGUGUGUGUGAUAGAGAUUCGAGGAUUGUCUCAGGUUCCUUAAAGUCAGCUGACAAAAAGAGCGCAACCCCACCCCCGAGAUUAAGGAAUGCAAGAGCCCCAUGCCCGUUAAAUAUGGAUGGAGAUUCUCAGAAUGCCUCAAAGCCAAAAAUGGAUUUGAAUUCGCAGUCUAGGUCUUCUGAUCCAAUGCCUGAUGAAAGUACCACUAUGUCCAUGAAUUUGCCUGGAAAGCUUAGCAUGCUGUGCAAGGAAGCGGUGCAGCAGCGAGAAACGGCUCAGAAGGUCGCCCUUCAAGCUCUUAGAGAAGCUUCUGCCAUGGAAAAUAUAGUUCGGUCACUCAAGAUGUUUUCUAGUCUAAGCAAAUCUGCUCGAGUGGAUGCUCCAGCUUCGUGUUUCGGUAGGUUCCUGGAAUUCCAUCAGCAGAUUGUGCAGGCGGUGAUUGAUAUGGUUUCAAUUCAGGCUGCAACUCAGAACACGAACCUUCAAGAUAAAGAACAGCCCGAACAGGAGCCAAAGAUCUUACAAGAGAUAGCACACAACUCGAUCAACCAAUCCCGGAACCCCGAGCUAAGUUCCUUGAAAAGACGAAAUCCUCUGUACAAAUCAGUUGCAUCAAUUCCUGAAAGGGUCGAGAAUAGCGGAAGAACUCUGAGAUCAUCCUCCAAUAACCUGAAGACAGCUUCAGAAUGGAAGGGGACGUCACUCUCACUUCUCACUACAAAAGCACCACUCAAUACUAUUGGGGAGAACGACGAGAACAGGAAUCCACCUCAAUCUCCUUGCAGCCUGGGCAACACGAUCAAGCUGGGAAAGCAGAUCGAGGCUGAGGCAGGAAGGUGGUUCAUGGAUUUUCUAGAGAAGGCACUGGAAGCGGGCUUCAAGAAAUCGAAGGGAGCGAGCAAUGACGGGGAUCCUAAGAAUGCCGUCCCGCAGUCGCUCAUUCUCAAGGUGAUCAACUGGGUAGAAGUGGAACAAUGCGAUAACAGUAAGCAGCAGACCGUUCACCCCAAGGCGACACAGAUCGCCCGGAAAUUGCGAAUAAAGAUGAAGAAUCCUUGAGUUGCUGCUGCAUCAGCACCAUAAGGAUUGAGACCGUAGUAGCUUAAGCUUAUGUAGUGUAACGAAUUGUUUGAAUCUGAUCCCAAUGUGUUUGGUGUGGUUUGGUGUUGGAUGUUUCAGAGACAUUGUUGUACUUUGUGGAAUUUUCACCAUUGACAUAGAAUUAAAGUUCUAUCAAAUUCAUUCUCCCUCUGAUUUUGAGGA